CAUUGUUACUGGUCAAUACACUGACCUCACUGUUGGUAGUAGUGUCAGUAUUAUCUGUACUACAAUGCCCUCCAUCUCUAACAGUGUAAUAAAAUGGCAUUCAUCAUCAUUCAAUAGCAAUGAACUGAUCAUUGAUCCCGUGAUGCUCUCUCAUAAUAACAACACAUUCACUUGUGUAGUAUCAUCAGAUUUACUGGCUAUCAAUCUGACCAAGUCUAUUACUAUUAGUGUAUUAGAUACCAGUGUCUCAUCUGUUACUGUCCAAUCAUUAUCAUCGUAUGUUAUUGGUGACAAUGUAUCAAUAGUGUGUACUAUUAGUCUCACUAAUGCUAUUGGUCCUGAUGUUUCUUCACUCGUAGUGAACUGGUUUAAAAAUGAUCAUAUAAUAACAAAUAAUAUCAGUAUUAAUGGUUCAUUAUCAACAUUUCAUAGUAUCGUGACAUUAACACAGGUUUCACCAACUGAUGCUGGAGCAUAUACUUGUAAUGCAUCAAUUAAUGGAUCUAAUAUAAUAGUGUCUGAUUUAAAACCCUUGUGUGUAAAAGAUCUUGUUCCUUUUAUUCAAAAUAAUGGUAACUUCACAGAUCUAUCACUGGGAUAUAGUGCAACAAUACAGUGCGUGAAUCUCUCAUCACUUAAUGGAAUUACCAUGAGAUCCAUAAAAUGGACUGAUUCAGAUGGUACUAUUGUCAGUAGCAAUAAUACAUUAAUACUACCUAAUGUGGUACCAUCAAUUAAUAACACUGAAUAUACUUGUACUGUAGAAGUGGAUAUCAAUCCAGUGACUUGUUUACCAGACAACAAGACAAUUAUCGUUUUUGUUAAAAGUAUUGAUUAAGAAAUUAAGAAUGAUCCUUCUUUAUAUUUGAAAUUAUAUUUAGGGACAUAUGUGAGUUCAAUUGUGAUGUCUUCUCAGUUAUCAUUCCUAAUCAAUUCAACAGUAAAGAUUAACUGUUACAUAAUUCUUAAUACUCCUGUUGGUCCUGGUAUACAACCCAACGUCACUUGGUAUCAUGAUAUGACUAAUAUUACACACAAUAGUUCAUUAAUAAGGGACUUAGAGCUUGACAAUCUCUUUACUUCAAUACUUACUAUUGAUUCAGUACAAGUAUCUGAUGCUGGUGUAUAUCAUUGCAAUGCUAGGAUUGGUUCUAAUGUAACUACCAAAAAUGUCAGUUUAGAUCUAUGUGUAACAGUUAAUGAGACACUACCAUCAGUAACAGAAGAGCUAUCCCUUGGUCAGUAUUAUUCAAUUGAUUGUAUCACUGGACCAGUACCUACUGGAGUAUCAGUAUCCUGGCUACUUACUAAUGGUUCUAUUUAUAGUAACAAUAAUACACUAAUGAUACCAUCAAUACUACCAUCACAUAAUAAUACACA